GGAAGCUACAACAGUGCUAUGAUAUUAAAAAUGGACGAGUACUUAUUAAUUUUCAUAACUCCAUCGAUUUGCAAUUUUUGAUUUGUAUGUUGUAUUCUCGAGACUAAGCCUCUAUUAAUAGAGAAGAACGAAGAAUGAUGAAGUUUUGAUUUCUAUUCUCUACAUUCUUCGGCCGCCGAAAAUGACGGCGGUUGUCGAUGUGGCCGAGACAAUCGUGGAGGACGAUGGGCAGAUGUGGUAAUACAUUCCUUUGGAAGUUGACGCUUUUCCGCUCAUUUUUUUUUUCAAGCGCUUGUGUUUGUGAUCAAGAAGAAGGAGAAGAAGCACAGUGACCAUUGCUAUUCACGCUAUCAUCCUCCACAUCUAGUAGUUACAACUAAGUGUAGUUACAACUAGCACUAGAAGGUUUUCGACCGGUCUCGCCGAGAGCGAUAUCCCUGACGCGAAGGAAUGGAACGCGGAGGUGAUUCGACUUUGUAAGAAGGUCGAACAGAGUAGCGAUCCCACGUUGCCUGAAAAGCUUUAUCAUGGGGCCAAAUAUAAACGUAUGAACUCCAUUAAAGAUGUUCACUUGAAUUUUCCAUACCCCUAGUUCAAAGUCAUCUCCAACGAAAUUAGUAAUUUGUCUCGGAACAACAUUUUUAGUUACAUUGAACAUGCCCCUCCCCCUUCCUCCUCCACUCAGUUCGCUCAGUUGUCCGAACCUUGUCUCGGAACUUGUCCGCCGCAUCUGUAGCAUCGAAUGAGAGCAUUGAUGCCCAAAUCCACAACUGGCGCACCAAGGAUGGCACCCGACAGAAAUGGAUCAAGGCGUUUCAACAGAAGGAAACCCCCUUCAAAGAGAACCCGGUUUUUGAUGAUGAGCCAAAAUUGGGGGAAUACAAUUAAGAACAAGACCUAUUGAAUUCUUCAUGGCAGCUCAUAAUUGAACCACCAUUGGGGGAAUACAAGUAAGGACAAACGCCAUUUUACUAUUCGUCAUGAACGCAAGGUCGCACGCUUGCACUUCCUGAUAUUUGAGGAAAGUGCAAACUUCAACUUCCGCGACAAAAUAAUAGUUUUCCUCUAAAUUGCCGUUGUCGUGGAGCUACCAAAUGUAGAUGUCAAGACAGGCUUCGUUGCGAAUCCAAGCCGCGGCGGUGCUAAGGUACAAGACUACUCACUCGAAAUCUUGUAGUCAGAGUAUCCAUUGACUCUCGUGUAGCACUUCAGAGGCUGGCCUAAGUAGCAUUGUCCUCACUAUUGUCAUCGCCGUUGUCGUUGUCACUAUCGUCAUGCCCUCAUCCUCAUCACUCUCACCCCUGUCAUCGACGCCACCACCCACAUCGCCAGAUGAAUCUCCUAAAAGGUACAGUAGUCGUAAAAUCACCGUCCCCGUUUCCUACAUCAAUCUUCUAAAAGGUAGUAUUAGUAGUCGUAGAACAACCGUCCCCGUUUCCUACAAAAGUAAAUGUUCUAAAAGGUAGUAGUUGUAAAGUGGGGAGAGGACCUUCGAGUUUUCAAGGACGCGUGUCCCCACAAUGGGGCAAAACUAUCAGCCGGAGAGCUCUUGGACAUGGAGGACUUGCAGCCAUGUCCGAAACGACCUUUGCUGGAGCUUGGGCAACCAUAUUUCAGAAUUACGGAUCAAAGAAGGUGAAGGUGGAUCAUAAGCAUAAGCAAUUAUUACUACUUACACAUAAGUUAUUAUUAGUAUUACUACUUACUAGAUACACAUAGUUAGAAGAUGGUAAGUCUAAGCAAACACACCUGUAUUUUUAACGAAUUUGGAUUUGUCUCACCACUACUUGUUUUUAGCAGUAUUUAAGCGUCAUAAGGAAAGCUCAGUUUUUACAUUCACACGCCCAUUAUCAACUCUCUCUAAUAUCGCGGCUCCGCUAGCCCAAACGACGAGCGGCAAUGCUAUUGCCGCUGACCAAGCUUCAUCAUCCUCUGCAUCGUCCUCGUCUGCAUCGUCCUCGUCUGCUUCGUCAUCGUCUGCUUCGUCUUCCUCUGCUUCGUCAUCGUCUGCUUCAUCAUCCUCGUCUGCUUCGUCUUCCUCUGUAGCAGUGGCAGAAGGACAACCACCAGCGCAACUUAAGGCUUUAUAA